GGGAACAGGAAGUCCAAGAUGGCGAUGGACGGAGCCAUGUCCACGUCCUCGGGUCUGUCUUACCACAACGCUGGAGACUUUUACCCCCGAAAGUUCGGCCCGAAGCCGGACGUGGUGCCGUCCGGGGUGACGGAGCGGAAGGUGGGUCCGCUGGACAAACCGGACAUGGUGUCGGUGGACGUCAUCAACAUCAAGGAUCCAGAUGAUUCCAUGCACAGGAAGAAACACGAGCACGACACCUACGUCCUGGGCACCAUCCAUCCAUUCAGGAAGACACACAGAUCAGUUUUUGGGAAACUCACGCAAGAAUUCCGACUGGUUGCCUCAGAUAGACGGUCAUGGAGGAUCCUGCUGUUCGGAUCACUCAACCUGCUCUGUACCGGCUGUCUGCUGAUGUGGUGCAGCUCCACCAACAGCAUGGCUUUAACCGCCUACACGUACCUCACCAUCUUUGACCUCUUUAGUUUGAUCACCUGUCUCAUCAGCUCCUGGGUCAACAUGAAGAAACCCAGUCAGGUCUACUCAUUUGGGUUUGACCGACUCGAGGUUUUGGCUGUUUUUGCCUCCACUGUUCUCAUCCAGCUGGGAGCUCUGUUCAUCCUGAAGGAGAGUGUGGAGCGCUUCAUAGAGCAGCCUGAGGUCCACACCGGUCGUCUGUUGGUCGGGACGUUCGUCGCUCUCUUCUUCAAUCUGUUGACCUUGCUGUCUGUCAGGAACAAGCCAUUCGCAUACGUCUCAGAAGCGGCGAGCAGCAGUUGGCUUCAGGAACAUGUGGCAGAUCUGAGUCGAAGUUUGUGUGGAAUCGUUCCAGGUCUCAGCAGCGUUCUGCUGCCUCGUAUGAACCCGUUCCUCCUCAUCAACAUGGCCGGAGCUCUGUCCCUCUGCAUCACCUACAUGCUCAUAGAAAUCAAUAACUAUAACGGCAUGGACACGGCGUCUGCGGUCGCCAUUGCUCUCAUGACCUUUGGCACCAUGUAUCCCAUGAGCGUCUACAGCGGCAAAGUGCUGCUGCAGACGACGCCUUCGCACAUCAUUGGUCAGCUCGACAAACUGCUGAGAGAAGUGUCGACUCUGGACGGAGUGCUGGAGGUUCGCAACGAGCACUUCUGGACCGUCGGCUUCGGCUCUCUGGCCGGCUCCGCACAUGUCCGUAUCCGCCGUGACGCCAACGAGCAGCUGGUUCUGGCUCACGUCACCAACCGGCUGCUGCCGCUCGUCUCCACGCUGACCGUCCAGAUCUUUAAAGAUGACUGGACCCGACCUCUCCUCACCGGGGCGCUCUCCGCCUCUUCCUCCCCCUCCUCUGUUCCUCCUCUGGGCGCCACUGAAGAUUACACCGCCAUAUCCUCCCUGCCUCCUCUGUCCUUGGGAGGCGAGCUGGACCAUUUGACGUCCACGCCCUCAAAGCCCAGCAGCCCUCCUCCGGAGUUCUCCUUCGACACACCGGGAAGGAACGCGCAGCCGGUGGUUCUGCCUGCCCCGGGGCACCACACCCACCGGCCCUACGGAGGCCUGGGACUCGCCUACGGUGCCUCCCCCUACACAGGGAUGAUGAAUCAAGGCUUGGCGCGGCCCGGCGGUGGGCAGGGACUUGGUGUGCAGGGUCUAGGGACUGGGUUUGGACUUGGUGUGGGUGCCAGCGGAGUGCCUUCCUCACAGAGUUACAGAACUGCCUUCGGAGGGUCCACGGCCCCAUUCCAGAGUGGAACCGGCAACCCUCCGGCUUCACAGUACAGACCGUACCGACCCUGAUUGAGCUGAACAAGUUGCUUGAUUCCUGAUCAAGUUUCUCCUCAGCCUGUUCCAGGUUCUGAUACUUGAGACUCUGAUGAGAUUGAUUUCCUGUUUCCUGACGCUGCAAUGUUUCCUCCCGAUGUGACAACAACAUGAAAACUUAAGAGACGAAAAAUUACCCUCAAGUUCUGGUGUAUAAUCUCUGAUAAGAGGAGAAACUGAGAGGACGUGUUUAUUGGCAAAGGGACCAAGAGGUCGACUGUGGUUGGAUGUUGGGAAAACCAAAUCUUUAUGGGUCUGAGACUUUUGACAGGAAGAAAGAAACUCUGCUCUCACAUAUUCCAACUUUUUGUUAAAGAAAAAAUGCAGCUUGACUUUUUAAAUGUGGAGACCAAAGUGAACCGCAGCUGAUUGAACCUCCUCAACUGGUGGCAGGAGGUCAAAGGUCACAGGUGAUGACCCAUUAACAGUGAUGUUUUUAAGGCCGAACCAAUAUGAAAAAUGAAAAAGAUUCGGGUUUGAUAUCGAUGAUAGACUCAAUAAGUCUUUCCACUUAACAUUUUUGGGGAUUCAGGUCCAUUUUCCUCUUUGUUCUAACUUAAAGUUUGAAAAUUUGCCAUUUUACUGCAGAAUUGCUUCAAUCAAUUAAACCUAAUCAACUGUUUCUCACAUUGAACAUCACUUUAGAUAAGAAACACAAGCAGCUCUUAUAUAUCAUUUAUGAUUUUUACAUUGUAUCACAUUUGCAGCUUCAGUAUUUAUAAAAUAAUUUGGUCAGAGAAUAGUUGAAAUUUUUUCUCUCUGUUGUUUUGAAUAAUUGACAUGGGUGUCGAUAAGUGAUGUUUUAAUUUAUAUUUAAAUCUGAACUGGGCUGAGUGUCACUGAACUCUGAUUCACAGAUUCACAUUAAAGUUACCUGAUAAAUCACAAGGAAACUCUUCUCUCAGAUCACGUGUUAAGACUGUUGAAUCAGUGAUGCUCAGCCUUGAUGAGUCAUAUUCCAUGUAUGUUGGUUUACAAGGAACAACUGCGACGUGCUUAUUAAAAAAAUGGUUUCUGAAAGAUGUUU